GUUUUGAUGGUGGGGCAGUGAAAGUUCAUGGAGCAAAAGGAUCGCCUCCUUCAACGUUUUAUAAGGUAAAUGCCACUUACCUUGACGGCUUCAGAGCUACUGCUGUCUGUCCAGUGGGAGGUCCAAAGGCAGUACAAAAAGGAAAACGCACAGCGGAAAGUAUUCUGCAAAGGUCUCCAGUUUUGAAACCAUUUUUCUUCUAUUAUCCCAAAAGCAAUGUUCAGAUCAGCCUAUUUUUAAAUGGGCAGCAUGUUGAGACAUUUGAGGAGGAUCUUGAGUUUACAUCAGAUGAGGUUGUUUCAUUUGAUCCACCUAAGACUAGCAGUGAAUUUAAAGAUCUGCCAAGUGGUCCACAUACUUACCGCUUAGAAGAUCUUGCCUAUACUAGAAGUGGAGACAAAGGCAACUCUGCAAACAUAGGUGUGAUAGCACGGCAUCCCCUCUACUAUCCAUACCUAAAGAAAACUUUAACUGCUCAAGCCCUGGAGAAUUACUUCCAACACCUUUUAGAGCAAGAAAAACCUGAAGAACAGCUAGUAACAAGAUACGAGUUGCCAGGAAUCCAUGGAUUAAAUUUUGUUCUGAAGAAUUCCCUUGGUGGUGGUGGCACAGCAUCCCUAAGAAGUGACCCACAGGGCAAAGCACUUGGACAGAUGCUGUUGGAUUUCCAGAUUAAAAAUGUUCCUGAUUUAAAAUCACUGAUAGAGUAGCAGGUGUUUAAUACAUAUGCUUUUAACAGAGUGGUAUAAAAACAUGUUAUAAACAAGAACUGGCUUCUUGAGAGAGUUUUUUUGUUUUUUUUUUUUUAAAAGUCAAAGAGUAGAAAAUAGUGACAGUUAUCUCUCAGAGGCUUAGCUAUAUGGCACAGAUUAGCAAAUGUUUUGAGUAAUACCAGACUAAUAGCUUUGUCUGUGACUGAUAACAUUUCCUGUCUCGAUAAUACAUUGGAUGAAGAAUUAAUUUAUUUCCUGUAAAA